UGUUUUUGUGUUGUUUACAUGAGUUGUGAUUGUUCGCGGUAUUUAAAGUUUAUUAGAUAAAUUAACAAAAAAUCAAUAAACAUGAAGGCGGAUAUUUCGGUGCCCCUUGAAAAGGCUAAGAUACCCUUACCGACGCUUUCUCAAAUAAAUGCUGACAGAAUAACAUUGCUUGCAAAUCAGUACUGGUCACCUCAAACUAAAGAAAAUCAUUUACCUUAUGAUGCUGCUAUCGUUGAUUCUAUUUACCAAUCUGAAAUACUUGGAAACAAUUUUUCAGUACGUCGUAUCAUGAUGCUGGAGUUCUCCCAGUACCUUGAGAAUUAUCUGUGGCCACACUAUCAAACUGGAAAAGCGUCACAUGCCCACAUGAUGUCUAUCAUCGUUAUGAUCAAUGAGAAAUUCAGGGAGCGAGUACCAGCUUGGCAGGCCUUACUCAAAAAACCGGACCAUUUUCCGGGCUUCUUUGAGCAAGUUCUACGAGCUAGCAUAGCGGAAGACCACUUAAGCAACAACAUGAAAGAACAAACUGCCCUACUGCUGUUCCUGAACCAUUGUUUUGGCAGUAUGGAGGUACAGUUGUGCAGAGAUCAAGUCAAGAGGCUCGUCUCUCUCAGUAUGUGGAUCAGUUUACAAGAAGGAAGAAGAAACCAAGAGUUCAAAGCUGUACCAAAAUGGCGGAAAUAUUGGCGAGCGAUACAGAAGAAAGACAAACCAGAACUGAUCGAGAAGUUGUCCUGGGAGAGACUGUUCCUACAGAGGCUGAUGAUUAAAUUUAUGAGGGUACUCGAGAACAUUCCAGAAACUGGGGAUAUUAAUCCUGAAACUGUCAGGUAUUGCGAGCGGUUUCUCGAGCUAAUGAUCGAUCUGGAAGCCCUGCUGCCGACGCGGCGGUUCUUCAACACGGUGAUGGAUGACUGUCAUCUGGUGGUCAGGUGUCAACUGGCUCCGCUGGCGAGGCGGUCCGAGGGACAGCUCUUCUCACAGCUUCUCCAGAUGUUGAAGUUCUAUGCCCGCUUCGAGAUCAGCGAUGAGACCGGUGACCCUAUGACAGACAGGGACAUGACACUGCAGCACUACUCCCGAAUUACGUCACUACAGAAAGCUGCAUUUGCGAAGUUUCCCGACCUGAGACUGUUCGCAUUAGCUAAUGUUGCCAGCGUCGACACGAGGGAAUCCCUGCAAAAACAUUUUGGAAAUCUGACUGAUAAAGCCUUAAGAGCCAUCGCGACGUAUCUGAACCUAGUGCCACCCGAAGGAAAGGAAGCUGAAACACCGUGGCAUCGUUUGGAUAAGGAUUUCCUAAGAGAAUUAUUAAUAUCACGACACGAGCGUCGGAUCUCACAACUGGAGGAGCUGAACUCGAUGCCACUGUACCCUACCGAGGACAUAAUAUGGGACGAGAACGUGGUGCCCACCGAGAUCUUCAGCGGAGAGAACUGUCUGGCCCUUCCCAAGCUGAACCUGCAGUUCUUGACGCUACACGAUUACCUACUGAGGAACUUCAACCUGUUUCGGUUAGAGAGUACAUAUGAAAUUCGCCAAGACAUAGAAGACGCCGUAUAUCGACUUGCACCAUGGAAAGCAGAAGAUGGAAGCGUCUAUUUCGGGGGCUGGGCUCGUAUGGCACAUCCCAUACAGAGCUUCGCAGUAGUCGAAGUCGCAAAGCCGAAUAUUGGAGAGAAGGCACCUUCGAGGGUACGUGCUGACGUCACAGUCACUCUCAGUGUGAGGAGAGAAAUCAAGCAAGAAUGGGAGAAUCUGAGAAAGCACGAUGUCUGCUUCCUGGUUACAGUUCGUCCCUCACAGGGAAUAGGUACAAAAUACGACUACAAAAAGAGCAUGGUGGAGCAGGCGGGUAUAGUAUACGUGCGUGGAUGUGAAGUGGAGGGUAUGCUGGAUGCCUCGGGGCGGGUCAUCGAGGAAGGUCCUGAACCGAAGCCCGAGCUCGAUGGAGACUCCAGAACAUUCCGGCUGCUGCUCGACCCCAAUCAGUACAGAGUUGAUCUGGACCUUGCCAGUAAAGGACGAGAGGAUGUGUACGAGACAUUCAACAUAGUGAUGCGUCGUAAGCCGAAGGAGAACAACUUCAAGGCGGUGUUGGAGACGAUCCGAGAGCUGAUGAACACGGAGUGUGUGGUGCCGGAGUGGCUGCACGACAUUGUGCUGGGCUACGGGGACCCUGGACAGGCGCACUAUACCAGAAUGCCAAAUGAGAUUCCAACGCUGGACUUCAACGAUACGUUCCUCGAUAUGGAACACUUGAGGAACAGUUUCCCGGGGUAUGAGAUCAAAGUGAAGACCGACAAUCCGCAGAAACUCAUCAGACCCUUUAAGGUUACCUUUGAGAAUGUGAAACGUAAGCAGGAGUUGGGUGACAAUGCAAUGGAUGAGGAGGAACCGCGGAAGGUGAUAACAGUCGAGCCCCACGUGCAGCCCAAACGUGGGCCAUAUCUCUACAAUGAACCUAAGAAAAAUAAUAUUUUGUUCACACCGACGCAGAUUGAAGCCAUUCGGUCUGGGAUGCAACCUGGCCUCACCUUGGUUGUGGGUCCACCCGGGACAGGUAAAACAGACGUUGCGGUUCAAAUAAUAUCGAACCUGUACCACAACUUUCCGUGGCAGCGCACUCUGGUGGUGACACACAGCAACCAGGCACUCAACCAGCUGUUCGAGAAGGUGGCCGAGCUGGACGUGGAUGAGAGGCAUCUGCUGCGUCUGGGUCACGGAGAGGAGGAGCUGCAGACAGAUAAGGACUUUUCUAGAUACGGACGCGUGAAUUACGUGCUGGCGAAGCGUAUGGAGCUACUGGAGCGCGUGUCCCAGCUGCAGCGGUCUCUGGAGGGGAGCGACGGGGGCGCGGGGGGGAGCGAGGCAGGCGCCACGUGUGAGCUAGCGCACCACUUCCACGUGUACCACGUGCGGCCGCGCUGGCAGGCCUUCGUGAGGGCCUGCGCCAGGCGACAGGAUAAAUCUGCAGAUGUUGUAAGCAAAGAGUUUCCGUUCCACGAUUUCUUCGACGAUGCUCCAAAACCAUUGUUCCUUGGCAAGUUAUAUGAAGACGACAUGGCCAUAGCUGAGAGCUGCUACAGGUAUAUAGAGCACAUAUUUGAAGAGCUGGAGGAGUUCCGCGCGUUCGAGCUGUUGCGGUCAGGGCUCGAUCGCUCCAAGUACCUGUUGGUGAAGGAAGCCAAGAUCAUCGCGAUGACGUGUACGCACGCCGCUUUGAAGCGGUCCGAACUUGUGCAGAUGGGUUUCAAAUACGACAACAUACUCAUGGAGGAGUCGGCACAGAUCCUCGAGAUAGAAACAUUCAUUCCUCUGCUGUUACAAAAUCCACAAGACGGUCGCUCUCGACUCAAGCGGUGGAUAAUGAUCGGUGAUCAUCACCAGCUGCCGCCUGUCGUGAAGAACAUGGCCUUCCAGAAGUACUCCAACAUGGAACAGAGCCUGUUCACCCGAAUGGUGAGGCUGGGGGUGCCCUAUGUGGAGCUCGACGCACAGGGAAGAGCCAGACCUUCAAUUUGCAACCUGUACCGCUGGCGGUAUCGAGCUCUGGGCGACCUCGCUCACGUGUGUCGUCUGCCAGAGUACCGCGCGGCCAACGCCGGCCUGAAGUACGACUUCCAGCUGGUCAACGUGGAGGACUUCAACGGCGCCGGAGAGACUGAACCCAGCCCCUACUUCUACCAGAACCUGGCGGAGGCAGAGUACGUGGUGGCAGUGUUCAUGUACAUGCGGCUGCUGGGCUGGCCUGCCGACAAGAUCUCCAUCCUCACCACCUACAACGGACAGAAACACCUCAUACGUGACGUCAUCAACAAGCGCUGCGCCGACAACCCGCUCAUCGGCAGACCCCAUAAGGUGACGACGGUGGACAAGUACCAGGGCCAACAGAACGACAUCGCGCUCAUCUCCCUGGUGCGUACGCGCGCCGUGGGCCACGUGCGCGACCUCCGGCGUCUCAUAGUGGCCGCCUCGCGAGCCCGUCUGGGCCUCUACGUGUUCGCGAGAGCCAACCUCUUCAGGAACUGCUUCGAGCUGCAGCCCACUUUCAACCAGCUGGUGGAGCGGCCCCUGCAGCUGGAGCUGGUGACCGGGGAGCAGUACCCGGCGCAGCGUGCUCCCGGGGCCCCGGUGCCCGAGGCCCGGGUGCUGCGGGCGCGGGACAUGCCGCACAUGGCGCGCUACGUGUACGACCUGUACCUGGAGCUGCUGCGAGCGGCCGACAGACCCUGCCCGCGUGACAGCGAGUAUAGCGCGCCGGGCACUGUGAGCGGCGGAGGUGACCCACGCCGCCACGUGCCGGCGCACCCCGGCGGAGAUGACAACGACGAAGACGACUUCACCCCCACCGAGAUACGGAACGAGGUGGACGAACCCGCCGUCUAGACCCACAGACUGUGUCACCACGACAAACGAAGAUGAACAGCAGUUCCCUCCCUCCGCGCGCACCGAUUAGUCCUUUCGUUUGAAAUAUGUUUAAAAAAUUUUACUUCAAAAGACUGUUCGAUUGUACUAUUUAUAAGAAUAGGUAAUAAUAAAUGAAUCUACUUAAUUAUUA